AUGACUGGGGGUGAAGCCUCUGGAAAGCAGCAGAGUUCUCUGGAUGAACCCCCUGCGAAAGUUGCACGACAUGAAAAGGAAAGUCAGGAACAGGAGAGAGUCACACUUUAUAUCCGUUGUGCACAAAUACAUAGUAGAGGAGAGUUAAUGAAUAGUUUUUUGGCUGAACACCGAGAAGAAUUAGGCAUUCAAGGGUGGUACAACACAGAAGAGAAUACUUCUACAUCAUCUGAGUCCACCAUUUCUCUUCGUCCUGAUGCCCCUGUUGAGUGUGUAUUUAUGAAGACCUCACGAAAACCCUAUUUUCUUUUAGAGUGUACAGCUAAUAAAAAAGAUGCCACUUCAGUAGUAGAGAAACUGAUUUUACUUCAUAACAAGACCUACAAAGAUCAUCCAGUAAUUAUAGAAAUUGCAAAAGAUGGUCUUACGGUAUCUGGAGAACGAAAAAAAUUAGAAUUACGAGAUGCUGCGAAACGAACACCAGUUGCAUCUUCCACAUCUGCACCUGUGGGUCCUUCUACCACCACUUCUUUUGUUCCACGUGUUUUGUUGAAGAGAUGA